CCUCUUUGUUUUUGGAAUAAAAUAAUUUUAAGAAAUUUCGCCGAAGCUCUGCGAGAGCUUUGCAUGUUGUUGGGCGCAUGAAAAAAGAAAGGUCACGCCGCAAUCGAAUGCCCUUUUUUAAUUAAUAUGACCUGCCGACAAAUCAGACUUUGGCCUUAAAAGAGAAGAAGAGAUCAAAGAGAAAUGAUUGCUAUAUAAGGAAGGCAUAACGCUAAUACUUUUGAUCCUAAAAAUGUGCAGCUUUCCAGACGAAUAAACGGGAAGGGAAAGAAAAAGAGGAGAGAGGAAAACGUCAACAGUGAAAGUGGUUCACAAGAUUUUGUGAAACUAAUAAUAGAUUAUGGAGUACAAAACCGAAAUAGAGGUGGAUCUGGACGACGAGGAUGACUUUGAUCCUCCCUUGGUGAUCGCUGGUCCUACGUGCGGAUUCUGCGAGCGGACGCUGCCGGACGCGACGACCCUGCUGGAACACGCCCUCAACGAGCACGACAUCAAACCUGAUGUCUUUCACGGCGUGGACCUGGACGACCCAGCGGCCGUGCAGGAGGCCUUCCUCAGGGCAGCCAACCUGCGCCAGGAGUUUGUCUCCUUGGGGGAAGUGGAACGCUGCCCUGAGUGUGGUUUCCUGUCCACUUCAGCCGCCGUCCUCGCCUCCCACAAGUGUUCGGUCUCCGACCCUCUAAAGUCACCUCACAAGGACCCCUUCUCCAUCGUCAAACCCCGAGACCCCCUUUUAGUCCCUCAAGUUCAUGCUAAGAAAGUGGAAAACACGGGUGUGCUGCUCUCGAAGAAUGCAACUAUCAACCAUGUGCUCAAUGCUGCAGCAAUUCCCAUACUGGUAUGCAAAAUCAUCAAGCCCUUGAGGAAACCUACUAUUAAGCUCACAGUCGGCAACGUCAUCGAAAUGUCCCUGGUCGAUAUAAUUUCCAAAGCCGGGAUGAGUGUGAAACCUCCUGAAGACUACUGCCAGGAAGCGGCCAUGGAUGAGAUUUACAGACUGUGUUUGGUGCCCCAAACGAAAAUGGCAGAGAAAAUCCACAGCAUGUCGCCGACCAAGUGUCGACAUCUGCUGACCCUUCUGAGGGCAAGACGCAUCCGCGUCCCUGUCUCGGACACCAUGUCCCUUUCCAACCUGCUGCAGUACAGCGCCGGCUCGAGCAACCUGCGCAAAAUCCUACCUGCCCCCACCCCUGACGGCCUCCACCUGACCCUGAUGGAGACCCUGCUGGACGAGGCGAGGGUGCACUCGGCGCAACAGCAGUCGGUAAAGGUGCAGGCCAAGCUGCAGAAACAAGCGGACAAGUCGACCGCGCCAACCCUUCAGUCUCUGCUCGUCUCGUCCAUUCCCACGUUGAAGGUCAAGCCGCUGUUGCCGGAGGUCAAUGUCGUCCAACCUGAACCGCCUGCGGUCAUAACCUUGGAGGAAGACGUGCCGCCCCCUCCUAGACGGCACUCGAAGGAGAUUAAUUAUAUAUGCGAAGGUUGCGAACGUUCCUUCGAAACCGAGUACAAUUUUGUCAAGCACAUGCAGUGGAAGGGCUUCACCCAGGAGGCCCCGGAGCCAAUUUUCUGUCGGCAGUGCCCAAAAUUCACCUAUUGCGAAAAGGGACUGAAAAAGCAUUUCUACCUCAGCCACAAGGAGCCAACGAAUCUCGAAUCUUUGUCUAAGGACGGCCAGAUUUUUGACACAUACAAGUGUCCCCAUUGCAAAAAGAAGCGAAUUUACCCGACUUUGGCUUUGUAUCGGCACCACUUGGGAUUGUGUUGCAGACGGAAGAACUGCAAGUUGUGCCAGCCCUCCUCUAAUAAGGUCGCUCCGCCUGAAAGGAAGAAAAUAGAGAGGAGGAAGGUGGAAAAGGAAAAGACUAAAAGGAAGGAAAAACUUAAAAUUAAGAUAUCGCCCAAGGCAAAAAAAAACAAACUAGCGCCAAUAGAAUGUGUCAUGGUGAAACAGGAAGGCGGAGAUUUUGAAGAGGAAUCUUUAGCUACGGAACCAUUUGCCUUCAUCUCACUGAAGUGCGAGCCAGCCGAACUGAAUUGCGAGCCAGUCAAAGAAAAUGCACCAAAGGUGCUGGAAUCUCAAGUCAAGGAGGAAAGUGUUGGUACGGUAGAGACUGUGGAGGGCAUUUUUGAGUGUGUGGCGUGUGAGUGGAAAGGGCUGAGUACUAACAGACUGAGGACCCACUUCCAGGAAGAGCAUUCUGAUGCUCUAGACGAGUUCCAGAUGAGUGUUAGUCGGUGUGGCACUGUGAGCGCCCGUUGGGUUUGUCCGUUGUGUGGCAAUAUUUUUGCCAGUGAAGAGGCCUUUUUGGGCCACGUCAGCAACCACGGCGUUGCGCCUCAAGAUCUUGUGGCCAAAAGGUGCGAUCUACGUCAUUUGCCGAGUCUGAUGACGACUCUGCUCGCCCUCAAGGCAAAGAAAAAAUAACUUUUUUUAUCUAUUGAUAUGAUCUCUUUGUUUUUACCACAAUUGCAUACGUGUAUAAUGCAUUAUUAAAGCAAUAAUGUCCGGAUCAAAA